UUUCCGGUUCCGGACGCGCCAAAACGAAAACGAGUCAGAGGCGGAACCUUGUGUGUUUACAUCCACAGUUUCACCGAGUUAGAAAGUGACGGGACUGCAGUACCUGGACAUUAAACAGUACACGCUCUGGGUGGUGCUGCACUGUAGCUGACCUCUAACCUCACUUUGGAGGUGGAUAUAUGAUGAACAAGUUGCCCUGUGGGUGAAAAAAAGGGGUCACACAUACGUGUUUGAGAAGCUCUUGAAGAUGAGGAAGUGGGGAGACCGACUGAAGAAGGUUGAGCAGCUUGCUCAGUCGUUCCAGCUGAAUCCUCUGGCCGCACACUACAAACCUCGACUGUGGCCGUGCCAGCCUUCCUCCGUCUGGAAGCUCUUCCCUCGUCAGUGUAUGGCUAUCAGCUUCGCUCAGAGCUGCAAAGAGCCUGUACAUGUUUUUGCACUUGAGAAAGAAAAGACAUCCCUGGGUCAAAGGAUCUUCCUGGUUACCAGUUACAGUGAGCUGUGGCAUUACUACAGGACUUACACACAGUCCUUGAUGCACUGCUAUGAGGUGAUACCAGAGGGCGCUGUUUGUAAGCUUUACUUUGACUUGGAGUUCCACAAGCCCUCAAACAAAGGAGCUGAUGGGAAAACUAUGGUGGCAUCACUUAUCCAGUAUGUUUGUGACAAGCUAAUGGAAGUUUAUGGGAUUGAAUGCUCCACAAAAAAUGUCCUGAAUCUUGACUCCAGCACAGAAGAGAAGUUCAGUCGACAUCUCAUCUUCAAUCUCCAAAAUGCAGCUUUCAAAGACAACAUACAUGUGGGCAGGUUUAUUCAUGCUAUACUUCACCCAGUCCUGAGCACAGCCAAAAGUUGCCUGAAUGUUGGGAUGAAGUCAGUGGCAGAAAACAGUGAAACACGCAGCGUCUCUGAAGGGACGCCAGCAAAGGCAGAAGAGACAGCUGAGAGUCCACAAGCCAAGAGGCGCAAGCCGGAAGAGAGAGACCUCAGCUUCCUCCAGGUGAAAAACAAGAAUGAGCAAAACAGUCUCUUUGUUGAUCUUGGUGUUUAUACCAAAAACAGAAAUUUCCGUCUCUACAAGUCAUCAAAAGUGGGAAAGAACGCUGCAUUCACGGUGGCAGACGACAACGAGUUUAUUGGCAAACCUGAGAAGGGGAUUUCUGUGGAGGAAAGUGUGUUCUUGGCUUCCUUAGUCUGUAAUAUGAGUUUCACAGGUCAGAGAAUUCUUACAUCUGACGUCCCAGAAACAAAGGAGUCCAAAACCUCGCAGCCUCAUUGCCAGCAGGGAUCCGCCACAUAUCCAGGCUCACUUUCUGGCUGCCUGUCAUCCCCUCAUCAAGAAGUGGACAACUUCAUAUUAACUGUGGUUAGAAAGGACGGCGUACAUGGAAGCAUCAGACGAUGGAACUACUUUGCUGCUGAACAACUGCUUGUCUACGACAUCGCAAAGUACCGCUGGUGUGAAAACGUGGAAAGGUUUCAUAAAAGCAACAACAUCAUGAUUAUUGUGGACCUCAAAGACGAAGUGUGGUACCAGAAGUGUCAUGAUCCUGAAUGCAAGAACUUCAGGUCCUCAAGUUACCCACUGCCCCAGGAGAUCUGCGUCAGCUACAUCAUGGCACUGGAUGAGGAAGACCAGGCUUAUUUAAUGGACGAUGCUGGCAACAUUGAACCCAGCCAGGCGUCAAACCAGACCCCACAGAGCGGAGUGUGUCCAGAGGAGGAAUCAGCUGACCUGUGGGGAGACGGACAGGACGACCAGGACUAUUUAGAGAGCCUCAACGACUUUGAACAAAACAGCGGGGAUGUCUCUGAUGACGCUCUGCUAAAAUGUAUGGCAGAUUUUGACACCCAGUAGAUGGUGAGUUUUAUGUUAUUUUGCACUGGCUGUAUAGUAGGGCUGGGCAAUAUGGAGAAAAUAAAAUAUCACAAUAUUUUUUUACGAAAUACCUCAA